AUGACGAGCUCUGCUGUCAAGAACUCCAUUGAGCUGUACAUGGUGCUGUCGAACAAGAGCGGACGACAGAAUCUGGGCACGUAUCUACGCACGGCUUCUGCAUUUGGAACGACCCAAGUUUUGGUGGUUGGCUCCGAACGUUUUGGCACACAUGGAGCGCAUCGAGCACAAAAGUAUGUAGACGUUGUGCACUUUUAUGAGUUUGCUGAAGCUCGUGCCUACCUGAAGUCUAAAGGCUGCACUAUCUUUGGCCUGAGCCAGCAGCCGGUCGGAUCCUUUGUAGCGCACGCCACGCCAUAUGAAGGAACAAGUGCAUUCGUCAUCGACAACGAGUUCCCUGGGCUAUCGGAGGAACAGCGUGCUAUCUGCGACAACUUUGUCCACGUACCUUUCCACGGCGAGCAGACCGAAGUCUCCAGCAAGCUUGUAUUGGACACCACCGUGGUUACAGCUAUUACGCUUCAUCACUUUACUGCGUUCGCACAGUUUCCCGUUCGUGCUAUUGAGGCCACGAGCUCGCAGGGCAAGUUCAUGCUGGAUGCCAUGUUUGAGUGA